AUGUUGCUACCGUCUACAUGGAGACAAUUUCAGCUCUUUGACUUUCUCCCAGUUCGGGAUCCGAAUUACAAAUCUACGGCCCCUCUUUUCUCCGACCCUCAAUUAACGGCGAUAACCAGCACCCAGACCUAUAUUGCAUUUGCUACCCAAGAUACAUAUGUGAAGCUUCUCACAAAAGAUAAUUUUACUUUGGCCCGGCUGUUUUGCGCCUAUGACCCUGGCUACCGAAUCACAUUCAUGAAGCCUUUGGCUCACUCCAACUUGCUCGUCACUCUAGCUGAAAAACAAAAUUCGCCCGCCGUUAUAAAAGUAUGGGAUUUGAACAAAAUCAUGAACUUAGAUGCGGCCUCGGCAGAAUCAGAAGAAGUAACCAUCCAUAAGUAUGUCACUAAAGUGCUGGUACAUGACGGAGCAGAUUUCUACCCCAUCAGCUGCUUUGCAUUCAAUGAUUAUCUAACAUGCAUUGCGCUAGGCUACACAAAUGGGCGUGUCAUCAUAGUGCGAGGUGACUUGUUGCGUGAUCGGGGAUCGAAGCAGAGAUUGGUGUAUGAGAGUGUUGAUCCGGUAACUAGCGUGCAUUUUCAUAAACUGGAGGAAAUCUUGUACGUGACUACCACUUCGAAAAUCUUGACUGUGCUAACCACCGGCCGAAACGACGGAAAACCUCUUCGUGUUCUUUCCGCGAGCCUGGGAGUAGCUGUGGGCUGUGCAGACAUGGACACUCGUCUGUCAAGAUUGAUAGUGGCCAAUACGGACGGCUUCAAAUACUACAACCAUGUCAGUAAGGCACAGGUUGUCAACUUUACUUUGGAGAAGAAAAGAAUAUUGCGUCUUUCCAAAGACUAUUUGCUAGUGGUAUGCCCUAUUGAGGAAUCUAGUGCUCCUGGAAAGAAUUCUCUCACCAAAAUCUUGAUUUUGGAUAUGUCAAAUAUGCACAUUUCCUUUAGUUUGACCAUUCCCAACCUGACCAUUUCUCAUGCAUUUUUCUCUUCGGCCGAAAAUGAUGUCUUUUUGUUGUCAACAGAUGGUAUCUUAUACAAAUUACAUGAGAAACCCAUCAGUCAACAAGUUGAAAUGAUAUUGCAAAGGGACCUUUUUUCAAUCGCGUUGAAUCUUGCUGAUCAAUACAAUCUUGACAACGAAACCCGUUUUCGUAUAAAUAAGCUUCACGCAGAGAAUCUCUACGAACACCAGGACUUUGAUGCGUCUGUUUCAAAAUACAUCGACUGUUUACACCUUACUGAUUCCAAAAAAAAUUCAACGAAAGAUAGUUUUGUGGAUGUGGACGACUUUGUUAUACAUGUUAUUAAGCGGUUCAAAGAGGUAUCGAAUAUCAGCAAUAUGACACGAUUCCUUGCCAGUUUGUAUGAAUUGAACUUAGCAGAUAGUGAUCACCUCACACUACUUUUAUGUUGCUAUUGCAAGCUCAAAAAGACAAGCGAACUCGAUGCCUUUAUUGACUCCUUAGAGAUUAACGAUUCUCCAAGUGAUUCUCAAAAAGGUGACUCUCCUACGAGAAACCUAAAUUUCCCGCUCAUUAUCAAUUUGUUCAAAGAAUGUGGCUACUUUAAACAGGUUAUUCGGCUUUUGUACAAGCUUAACCAUCCAUACAUGAUUGUGGAAGUUCAGAUGAAUGAGCUCAACCAGUUCGGCAAUUGCAUGUCAUACAUGAAAUCUCUUCCAAUUGACGAACUCUUACGAAUUCUAAUCGCUUUCCUGAAGGAUCUUCUAGAUUACAUGCCGUUGGAAACUACGGAGCUUCUUAUAAAUGUUUUCACUGGAAAGUAUAAACCUGAAGCAAACCAUUCCUUAUUUGAUGAAUCUUUGUCCGAGUCGUCGCCGCAAGAGGGUAGCAAAGAUUUAAUUCACAAUGCCAUUUCAUCAUAUACUGCAUUCUUGGGUUACCUUUCACGAAAUGUUCCACAAAGUGCAGAAAACUCGAUUUUAGAGACUACCGAUUCAGAGCCUACUUAUUUACCUCCCCGCCCAAGCUUGGUAUUCCCAUGUUUUGUGAAUCAUCCACGGGAGUUUGUUGUCUUUUUGGAGGCUUGUAUGGAUACUUUUGAGAAGUAUCAAGGAAAUACUCUGGACAAGAAGGAUUUGUUGAUUACUCUUUUCGAAAUGUAUCUUUCGAUGUGUAAAGAGGAACCUGAGAAGACAGACGAGUGGCUUGAGAAGGCAAGAAAUUUGAUGUAUGACAACGCCAAGUUGGUGGAUGUCUCCAGCAUCUUGCUAAUAUCCCACGUUUAUGAUUUCAAAGAGGGAGAAGCUUUUGCCAAACAAGCAUCGAUGGACUUUGAGGAAGGAUUGCUUAGAAUGGCGCAGACUACUGGUGACUUGAAAGCUGCGUUUGAAGUUGUGAACAAGUACGGGAAAAAAAAGCCGAUUUUGUAUAAAAUGAUGCUCAAGUUUAUUGUUUCUUCCAACGAGAUCUUCAAACAGGCAACUGCGGCAGACUUCCGCUUGUUAUUGGAUGAGAUAAAGCUGCAUAAAAUUGCAACAACACUCGAGAUCAUCAAUAUCAUGAGUUCGAACGAGAACGCAAAUUUAGGACUCGUCAAAGACUUCUUAAUUGAGUACAUCAGUCAAGCGAAUAAGGAGAUCAGCAAUAAUAAGAAACUCAUUCAGUCUUACGAAGGCGAAUCUACCAAGAACAGCUUCAAACUUACUGAGCUUACCACAAAGCCUGUGAUUUUCCAAAGCACAAAGUGUUCUAGUUGCGAGUUGAAACUUGACUUCCCAUUGAUUCAUUUUAAGUGCAAACAUUCGUACCAUCAAAGGUGCUUAAUUGAGAAUAUCUACAUCCCAUCGGAGAAUGAGAAAGUCGAUAGCAAACCCAAAUGCCCGUUGUGUAUUAACGAAUUGCAGUCGUCUCGGGCGCUUAGGGAAACCCAAUUCAAGUCCAAGGAUAAUUACGAUGUGUUUGACAUGGAUUUAAAUGAUGCUACGGAUCGGUUUAAGGUAAUCACUGAGUACUUGGGAAAAGGUGUUAUGGAAACGGAGCUUCCGAAUAAGUAA